AGUUCCAGCAUUUCAUGGUCUUGAUCAGUUCAUCAGGUAGCUCCAUCUCUCAUUGAGAGUAUAUGUACAUACAUAUAUAUCCACUUGAUGCUGUGAAGAUGAUGAACAAUAUGAUCUUGCCAAGAGUUCUUGCUUUACUCAUCUGUGCAAUGUCCAUUUGCUUGCCAGCGUUCGCAUCUCAAGCCAACCUCACUGCCAGUGAAGUGGAAGUUCUGAUGCAAAUUGGCAAGAUUUUGGGGAAGGAGGAUUGGGAUUUCAGUGUGGAUCCGUGCAGUGGAGAGAAGGGCUGGAUCACCCAAAAUCCAAUUCAAGGGCAAGAGAAUGCAGUCACCUGUAAUUGCUCCUUCUCCGACAACACCGUUUGCCAUAUCACGAGCAUAGUCUUAAAAGCGCAGAGUCUUCCAGGGACUCUCCCACCAGAACUAGUGAAGCUCCCUUACCUCCAAGAAAUUGAUCUAACCCGCAACUAUCUUUCCGGUACCAUCCCUCCAGAAUGGGGCACCAUGAAUCUAGUAAACUUCUCCCUCUCUGGAAACCGGCUAACUGGUUCAAUUCCAAAGGAACUUGGAAACAUCAGCACACUUGUCAAUCUAGGUGUGGAGUUCAAUCAGCUGUCAGGAGCCAUUCCUCCGGAGAUUGGGAAUCUUUCUCGCUUAGAGAAACUAUGCUUGACUUCAAAUAAUUUCACUGGGGAGCUGCCCAAAGAACUUGCGAAGCUGACCAACUUGAAGGACUUAUGGCUGGCUGACAACUACUUUACCGGAAAAAUACCCAAUUUCAUCCAGAACUGGACAAAUCUUGACAGAUUAGUGAUUCAGGCUAGUGGUUUGGAUGGUCCAAUUCCUUCUGGCAUUGCUCUUUUGACCAAAAUAACUGACUUGAGAAUCAGUGACUUAAAUGGAACCCAAGCACCGUUUCCACCCCUUAAUAAUAUGACAAACUUGAAGUAUCUGAUUUUGAGAAGUUGUAAUCUUAUUGGACCCUUACCUGAAUAUCUUGGGUGGAUGGAAAAUUUGAAGAGUUUAGACCUCAGCUUUAACAAGUUAAGUGGAAAAAUUCCAAGCAGCUUUGUUCAUCUAGCAACCGGUACACAUUACAUCUACUUAACUGGGAACUUGCUAAGCGAACCUGUGCCUGAUUGGGUGCUGAAUGAUGGAGAAAAUAUUGAUCUUUCAUUUAACAACUUUGAUGCGAACUCCUCCCAAGAUUGUCAGCAAAAAAACGUGAACUUAUUUGGAAGCUCUUUGAAUGGUAGCACUUCAAUUUCAUCUUGCCUGGGACUUUGCAAACAAAAGAUUUAUUCCAUCCACAUAAACUGUGGUGGGGGAGAAGUAACUGAUGGUGGCACCAAAUAUUCAGCCGAUAAAGAUGCAACAGCUGGAAAUUCAAACUUCUUCCGAAGUGCUGGAAGUAACUGGGCAUUUAGUAGCACAGGUUAUUUUCUGGAUGACAAUAGCGAGGUUGAUACCUUUAUUGCAACAAAUAGUUCAUGGCUCUCAAUGAAAGGUUUUCAGUUAUACGCGAAUGCACGACUUUCUGCCUCAUCACUGUUCUAUUAUGGGUUUUGUCUGCUGAACGAAAAGUACAAAGUGAACCUUCACUUUGCAGAAAUUAUGUUUACUGACGGCAAGAAUUAUGGCAGCCUUGGAAGACGUCUAUUUGAUAUUUACAUUCAGGGAAACUUAGUAGAAAAAGAUUUCAGCAUUGCGGAUGCAGCAGGUGGGGUUGGUCGGAAAAUCAUAAAAUCAUACAAUGUAGUAGUGACUGAUGGCACACUACAAAUCCGCUUUUACUGGGCUGGAAGAGGGACAACUGGUAUCCCUCGUAGAAGUGUAUAUGGUCCUCUCAUUUCAGCUAUUUCUGUGGAAAAUGAUUUUACCCCGCCAUCAGAUGGUAUGUCCGCUGGUGCUGUGGUUGCCAUCGUGGCUGCUGUAGCUUUGGCUAUUAUCUUGCUUCUAGGUAUCCUUUGGUGGAGAGGCUGCCUCGGACGCAAAGAAACAAUGGAUGACAAGCUGAAAGGUCUAGACUUGCAAACUGGUUCAUUCACCUUGAGGCAAAUUAUAGCUGCCACAAACAACUUUGAUGUUGCUAAUAAGAUUGGAGAAGGUGGUUUUGGACCUGUUUAUAAGGGGCUUUUAUCUGAUGGCACUAUAAUUGCUGUAAAGCAGCUAUCUUCCAAAUCAAAGCAAGGGAACCGUGAAUUUGUUAAUGAAAUAGGGAUGGUUUCUGCUUUAGAACACCCUCAUCUUGUGAAGUUGUAUGGAUGUUGCAUUGCUGGCAAUCAAUUGUUCCUAGUAUACGAGUACAUGGAAAAUAAUAGUCUUGCUCGGGCUUUGUAUGGCCUAGAGGAACUCCAGUUGAAAUUGGAUUGGCAAACAAGGUAUAGGAUAUGCAUUGGUAUAGCUCGAGGUUUGGCCUUUCUACAUGAAGAAUCAAGACUUAAGAUUGUUCACAGAGACAUCAAGACCACCAAUGUGCUCCUUGACAAGAAUCUUAACCCUAAGAUAUCCGAUUUUGGUUUAGCAAAGCUUGAUGAAGAGGAUAAUACCCAUAUAAGCACCCGAAUUGCGGGAACUUAUGGAUAUAUGGCACCAGAAUAUGCGUUGCACGGUUACUUGACUGAUAAAGUAGACGUAUAUAGCUUUGGAAUUGUUACGUUGGAAAUAGUUAGUGGGAGAAGUAAUACUAGUUUCAAGCCAAAGGAUCCCUGUUUUAAUCUUCUUGAUAGGGCACUUGAACUGAAGGCUGAAGGCAAGGAGAUGGAGGUAGUGGAUCCAAAGUUGGGACCUGACAUCAACAAAGACGAGGCGAUGGUGAUGAUUAAUGUAGCUAUUCUAUGCACUAAUAUUUCUCCAUCAGUUAGGCCUACUAUGUCUUCAGUUGUGAGCAUGCUUGAAGGCAGAAAAGUUGUUAAGGAACUGGUUUCAGGUAAAAUUGACUCAGUUAAUUUUCAAAUGAAGCUGAGUGGAAGGAUGGAUGAUUGGCAAGACAGCCAAGAAACAAAGAUGACAGAUAGCCUAGUCAAAAGUAUGUCAGUUGAUGGGCUGUGGACUGAGUCUUCUACAUCUGUUAGCGAUCUCUACCCAAUCAAUAAGGAUUCUGAGUAUUGGGAGAAGAGAGAUUAGAAACGACAGAUGCUGCAUAUCAUCUUGGUAGGUUUUCAUUUUAAUCUUCUUUCAUGCAAUAUGACCAUGUAUUUUUUCCUUGAUUAGCUUAUUUGUUACCUUUUCUUUGGCGAAUCCUUUGCAAAAAAAGAAUUUGCAGCGUAAAGGGCACUGAUCAAUCUCUUUCCUGUGAUUUUCUUUGACAAUGUGUUUGUAUGGUAAAUGUCAGUCUUUAUAUGUUAUGGUCAUCUUGAGGACGUUGUGUUCCACCUAAUUUUAGAAUGGGAAUUUGAGUCUCAUGGAAUUUAAGGAACCUUAUCUUUUUCUCUUUUGAGUUGUGUCAACAACAUUGUUCAUGAAAGCCACUCUUAUUCCAUCUUGCUGCUAAAAUCUAUUUACCAUGGGCUUGCAUAAAUUUCUGGGAUUUAAGUUGCUUCUUCCUGGCUGUGAAUUUUUAGCAAGCAGGCUCAGGAUGUUAAGGCCCAUAAUCAAAAUGGGCCUUCCAAGCCCAUUUAAUGAUGUAAACCCCUGUCUUCUGGGCCUCCAAUUGGGAAUGUUGGAAACAUGUUGUUUUCUUC